CAUGGGGCCCGCGCGCGGCUGCAGCCCGGCUCCGCGGCGCUCGCAGCCACCGCCUCCUCUCGGCUCCGGGUCUUCCCCUUCCUUUUACAAUUGAUCCUGUUGGGAUUUUUUUUCUCUCUAAAUUGGAUCUGUAGGGAGGAGCGCGGGGGAGGGGGUGGGGGGAGCCAGGAGGAAGGGGGAGACCAGGCAGCUAUCACUCUCCUGUUUCUCCCAGAACAGGUGAUGCUCUGAAUUGGGGCCACUUUCUGGAAGCAGCUCUGCCGCUGGAAGGAUGCGCGAGACCUAGGGCGCAGGGCCGGGGCGGAGGAGCUGAGCACGCGGAGGGAGGGCGAACCCCAACUUCGGCAGGCCGCGCUGCAGCCCGCACUCGCCAGCGAAGAGAAAAAGACGGGUUAUUUCUACUACUAUUAUUAAAUUAUUUUUUCUUCCAAGAGGGACCCGAACUUUGGCACUUGAUCCCUUGCCUUGGAUUGCUUUGGAGGACGCAGCUUCCCGGCGGCGUUGGGAACAGUCGCGACUGUGUUGUUUGUAACUCAUUUUCAUUUAAAGCGACCGUAGAGGAUCAGACUUUUUAAAUGUUUGGGAUUCAAGAUACUUUAGGAAGAGGACCAGUUCUGAAAGAGAAAGCGCUGGGCGCCGAGAUGGAUUCGGUCAGGUCCUGGGUCCGGAAUGUCGGCGUGGUGGACGCCAAUGUCGCGGCGCAGAGCGGGGUCGCCCUGUCCCGGGCCCACUUUGAGAAGCAGCCUCCUUCUAACUUGAGGAAAUCCAACUUCUUUCAUUUCGUCCUGGCGCUCUACGACAGGCAGGGGCAGCCGGUGGAGAUCGAGCGCACGGCCUUCGUGGACUUCGUGGAGAACGACAAAGAGCAAGGCAACGAAAAGACGAAUAACGGCACCCACUACAAGUUACAGCUCCUCUACAGCAACGGCGUCCGCACGGAGCAGGACCUCUAUGUCAGGCUGAUCGACUCUGUCACCAAGCAGCCCAUAGCUUACGAGGGACAGAAUAAGAAUCCGGAAAUGUGCCGAGUUCUCCUGACGCACGAGGUGAUGUGCAGUCGAUGUUGUGAAAAGAAAAGCUGUGGAAACCGAAACGAGACACCUUCGGACCCUGUGAUCAUUGACAGAUUCUUUUUAAAAUUUUUCCUCAAGUGCAAUCAGAAUUGUUUGAAAACAGCAGGAAACCCAAGAGACAUGAGACGGUUUCAGGUUGUGUUGUCAACUACCGUGAAUGUGGAUGGGCACGUGCUGGCUGUUUCCGACAACAUGUUUGUUCAUAACAACUCGAAGCAUGGGCGGAGGGCGAGAAGGCUCGACCCGUCAGAAGCCACCCCCUGCAUCAAAGCCAUUAGCCCCAGUGAGGGCUGGACCACGGGCGGGGCCAUGGUCAUCAUCAUUGGUGACAACUUCUUCGAUGGUCUCCAAGUAGUGUUUGGCACCAUGCUGGUGUGGAGUGAGCUCAUAACCCCUCACGCCAUCAGAGUGCAGACUCCUCCGCGGCACAUCCCCGGAGUAGUGGAGGUGACAUUAUCCUACAAAUCCAAACAGUUCUGCAAAGGAGCUCCGGGAAGGUUCAUCUACACAGCAUUAAAUGAACCCACCAUAGACUAUGGCUUCCAGAGACUGCAGAAAGUUAUUCCAAGGCAUCCUGGAGACCCAGAGAGAUUAGCGAAGGAAAUGCUGUUAAAAAGAGCUGCAGAUUUAGUGGAAGCCCUCUAUGGUACACCCCACAAUAACCAGGACAUCAUUUUGAAGCGAGCUGCAGACAUUGCUGAAGCCCUCUAUAGUGUGCCCAGGAAUCCCAGCCAGAUUCCAGCUCUUUCCAGCUCCCCAGCGCACAGCAGCAUGAUGGGAAUCAAUUCAUAUGGCAGCCAGCUUGGAGUUAGCAUCUCUGAGUCAACACAAGGAAAUAAUCAAGGGUACAUCCGCAACACAAGCAGCAUCUCCCCUCGGGGAUACUCCUCCAGCUCCACCCCGCAGCAGUCUAAUUACAGCACCUCCAGUAACAGUAUGAACGGCUACAGCAACGUCCCCAUGGCCAACCUAGGCGUUCCGGGAUCGCCAGGAUUUCUGAACGGCUCGCCCACAGGCUCCCCGUAUGGAAUCAUGUCAUCAAGUCCCACCGUUGGCUCUUCCAGCACGUCCUCCAUCCUCCCGUUCUCCUCUUCAGUUUUUCCUGCUGUCAAACAGAAGAGUGCCUUUGCCCCUGUCAUCAGGCCCCAGGGCUCCCCUUCACCUGCCUGCUCCAGUGGCAAUGGAAACGGAUUCAGAGCCAUGACCGGACUUGUUGUACCCCCCAUGUAAAGAGGAGGAAGAACUGCUUUCUCAUAGCACAAAACUACUUAUUCUGAUGGACCGAUAAUGAGGAAAAAGCAUUCUGAGCUCCUUCAGAAGAAUCAUGCCCCCAAAGGACGUGAUGGACGUAUUUGGGAAUGCAAGGAGCCGUCGUCUUACUUGGUCUUACGUUUUCCCUGUAGCUCUGAUGGUAGCUACACACACUGACCCUCUCGGGGACCAGGACACAAAUUGUCACUGACGCGGUCAGUGCUGAGUACAGAAACGUGAUUCUUUGUUAUGAACAUUAUGAAAACCACCUUCCUAUGUUUGUAAAAUAUUUAAGAAAAAAUUGGCAAACAAUUCAUGCUUAAUAUUUUGGAUACUAUUUGUUUUUCUUUGUAGGAGAAAAAAAGUUGAAAGUUUCUAUUUUCUAUGAAGCCUUUCAGAUACCAAUUUAGUUUGUGCAGAAAAAAAAAUUGAACAAAACAGGGUACCAGCAUGGAAGAAUUUCUUAAAAUGAAACCUGAAUUGAAUGAUGAAAUGUUGUAUGUGUGUUUGCUUAUAGUUUAAUCUCUUAAAAAAACAAAAAGGGAAAGAUUUUAAAAUGUUUUACAGUUAUUUAAAUAAAUAAACGUGUAACUUAUUGUAAGUAGAAGUAGAAACUAAGACCUUUUUUUGGAAGAGAAGAGUUUCUCUUCCUGAUGUAAAAUGAAACUGCAAACAUGUAGUAAGGAGUUUUAAAGGUGUGUGAUUAUUACUACGGUUACUUACUAGACUCUUCCCCCUCAUGCCUCCCCUUCUUUUUCUAUCAUUUUAUUGACCCAUGAACAUGUAACUUAUAUAGAUUUCCUACGAAACAACCCACUGCAUAAAAACAAGACGUGAGUACACGCACAUACACCAGUACACACACACACACACACACACACACACACACACACACACCCAUUCCCCAGCUCUGGUUGUCCCUUUUGGUGUCCAUCUGUGAAUAGUUUUCUUUUUCUAAAAAACCCUGCAUAUUAGCUUUCCACAUUGUUCCCUGAGCAAGGCAGAGAAUUCCCUUGGUUUAGUAAGUAUGUCCUGAGCUUUGAGCAUCCUAAGGAAAGAAGUGUCUCCAGCUUUGCUCCUCUGGAAAUCUUCAUUACCAGACACACACACAUUUCCUCCUCUUUUGCUGACCUGGCUCAGCACAGAGACCGAAAGCCUCAUGGAAUUUCGGAAACAGUUUGGAGAAGUUAACUCUGUUUCAUGGACUCCUAAGAUCAAUAUUAGAAGAGCCAAAUCCUUUGCUUUCUCUGCAGGUUGUCCCUUUUAUGUUCUUAAACUUACUUUUUAAAAAAAAAACCCACACAUGUCACUUGCUUUGGUUUCUGAGCAAUAGUGGGGUAGGAUGUGGAGGAGGAAAGUUAAAAUCCCUAAGCCCCUCUCCUGAUGUUCAGAUAUGCAGAAAUCGAGAUGCUUGUCUCCAGAGAUGGGGCACCUGUGCUCUCAGGGGCACAAAUAACUGGCCCUCUGAUGGGCUCCCUGUAGUUCUGUGACGCACUCUUAGGAAGGCCUCUGCAGGAGCUGCUAACAGUGGUUGACUCCCAGAGCCUGUGGGAUCCUGGAGACACACACAAAUGCCCUUGAGGUGCCAGCAGGAUGCCACUUCUACCCAGGUCAGGGUUCUGGUUGGCUCGUUGGCAACAGGUUAAAGUCAAUACACAGACUUAGCUUGGGGCUCUUGGUUGGGUUCUAACAUUAGAAACAUUGGUAAAGCUCUCAUGAAGAAACAUCUUUGCACUGGAGCCAAUUUUAGAUGACCCUGUCUGCCUCACUGAUCCUUACCCACAUCAGCUCAACCCCACAACUGUAUUACUUGCCUCUAGUUCACUUCGGAAUUAUCCCGCGUGAUCCACAUUUUCUGUAUGCACAUGAGAAUCCAAGGUUUUGGAAAUCUGGCAUGCUUUUAACUACUGCAGAUAGUAGUCAGGGCUGAAUGCAGCAAAAUACAUGGAAGCACAAGAGCAAAAUUUCCCCAGCGAACAAUUCACAGAAGGGGACGAAUCUGCGGAGUGCAAACAUCACCAUUCCAAAGUGAAGGCAGAACACGGUUAAGCAUGUCUAGACCUGGAUUUGAGCCAAUCCAACAUAAGGAAAUGUUUUUUUUGUUGUUGUUGUUGGUUUUUUUUUAGUAGCAUUGCUUUUAGAACCUGUGAAUUUUGCUCUUGCAUGAAGAUGAGUGCAGUACUGUUCUUCAAAAAUGAUUGUAGAAUUUGUUGGUAGCUUUACACCGGAAAAUGUGUGUAACAAUAAGUACCAAACAUCCUCGACCAUUCAGCUAGAACUUCGGCAGCGACAGACCUAUUUAAUUGUACAAAUGUGUGUAAGGAUUAUUUUUAGUGUACUAAUAAAUGAAAAGCAAAGCUACUCUGUCCUCUUUAGUCAUUGCUAUUGACUAGGUUAUUUUUAUGCCACUUGAAACACAAAUAUUUCUAUAGGUAACUACAAAAUUCUAUCCUAUCUUUGUAAGAGGAGCUGUGUAAGAUUUUUCAUUUAAAGGAACAAUUUACUUCAUUAUUUAUCUCAUUUUUUGUUAUAGCACCAGAAUUCUUCCCAGUUUUUCUUUGCACAUUUCAAUAUGCAUGGUUUAAAAACCAUUAUCUUCUUUACCUUUUGUACAGUAAGGUCUUAUUUUCAAACUGUACAGUUUCACUUUAUUGUUUUGCUUUGUCAGUUAUAUACAGUAUAAAGUUGCUAUGCACAGAGCUUUUUGUAAAGACAGCUUUUUUGUUUACUGUUUUUAAUGGUCUUACUUAUGUAAGAAUAUCUUGUUUGUAAAAUGAAUAAUGUCUACUUCAGUUUUAAACUUUAAAUUAUCCUAACAAAAAAUAAAAUUUUUGUACUGUAAAAAUGACUCUUUUUUUAAGUAAAAGAAACUUAGUUUGAGAUUUAUCCUUAACUCUUUGAGCACUUACUUAUAACUUCUAGUCUAUGAUUUUUCCUCUGGUUGAGGAAAAUUCGUUCAACUUUUGCCUACGUGGAAGCAUACCUCUGGAGGAGAGAGUAUUAAGACUUUUGGUUAGUUUUCUGUAUGUAUUUAUCUGUGUACCCAUUUGGAUCAAGUCCUUCUAUAAAACACACAAAACUCAGAACAUCCUACUUGUUCUAUUGGAUGUUGAUUGGAUGGGAUUCUUUAUUUGUGGGGGUAUUGGGAAUCAAACUCAGGACCUCAUGCUUGCCAGGCAGGUAGCUUAGUGUGCCACUAUGCUACAUCCUCAGCUCCUGCCUGGGAUUCUUGAGGUCCGUGAAAGUCUGUCUUGAUUUGAAACUGCUUUAUGGUUAGAGGUGGGGGUACAAAGAUUGGGUUCCUAUUUUCAAUCACAGGAAAGGAGCAAGCCAAGAAGGAAACAGACAGUAUCUCAAGCAGGAAGAUAGAAGAGCUGGAACCAACAGUGGUCAGUGAAAUUAGAGGCUGGGCUGGACCAGGCCUCCAAAAAAUUCUCCGUAUUUUGUAGCACAGGCUGGAAGUGAGUGCUCCAGAUGAGAAAACCAACAUGAGCAAAGACAUACAAAAGAAAGCUUACAAAACACAUUCAGGAGAAUUCAUCUUAAAGAUGAUUCUCAACCAGAAUUCUCACAGUGUAAGUGAGGUAUCACAUUUCUCUGAAUGAGGUCACCUAACCACAUAAACCUGCCUUGUGCAGGUAGAUGAGAGGCUGUUUCUGCGCAGGAGACUGGGAACACUUGCUUUAGCUCUUCUUUUCCUGUAUGUGUGAGUGGCUAGAGCCUUCUCAUCCUUCAGCCUCGGUUUAGAUGUCAUCUUCUCAGAGUUUGGGCAGUUCUGCUGUGCUGGUGCUCCUGACACAGAGAGGUCUGGAAGAGAACAGCUGAGAUUUGGGCAGGACCCUGUGCCAUAGUGACAUUAGUCAGCUGCUUCUGGUACAAAGAGAACUGGCAGGAGAUACUGGGGCUAACCCAAGCCUCUGCUUGGGGCCCAAUGAGCGGAUACAAAAUAGUCACAACUCAGUGACAACCAGAAAGUACAGCCUAAUUUAGGAACUAACUGGCUCAGAGGCUAGAGACUAGCCUGUACUGCCCCUGCAUCCCAGCCUACCCCAGAUAACAGCAAAUUGGGGAGGACAGCAAAAACUCAAGCCAGCACGCUUCUGAAAGGCCCUAAGCAAAUCGGAGAGGGCCAGAGAACUCCAGGACAGUCUGAAAAAAACCAGAAACAUGACAAGAGAUAAAAAUAAAAAAAAAUCUCCAGCUGCCCAACAGGAGAAAAUAAGCCCAGGAGAAGUAAACACCGAAGAGAACAAGCACAGUAGCCAUCCACUACUCGACACAGCAUCAGCUGAAAUUAAAAAGUACCUACAUGAUCUCAUAGAGGAAUUUAAAGCUGUACUCCUGAUCCAAGUGAGGCAAGAUAUAAAGAGAUUAAUUAAAGAAAUGACAAGCCCCACCCAAGAGAACACAGAUGGAAGAACUGAGGAAAUCAGAAAAGAAAGAGAAGCAUCUGAAGAAGAAUUUAAGCAUAACUUAGAAUACAUGAAACAGAUCCAAAGAGAAUAUCAGGAAACUAAAAACUCCAUUGAACAUUGGCAAAAUGCCUUGACAGAAACUAAAGAUAGCCUUCUGAAACUUGAAGAAAGAUUUAGGACAUAUGAACGUGAAAGAAAAAGCCUCUUAAAAAUAACAAGGAACCAGAAAGAAGCAAUUCUAAAACUGGAAGAUGACAAAAAGAUACAUAACCUAAGAAUAAAGAAUGUGAGUGAGGAAGCAGGAA